AUGACAGAAGAAACUCAAGAAGUACCUGCAAUUCCUCUCAAGUCUCGAAAGAUUAAUUCGACUGGAAAACGAAAGACAAGUGAAGGAUCACAUCCAAGCACAACAAGUAGUCAUAGUAGUAAUAACAAGACAAGAAAAACACAAUCUAUGAUACCAAGUUCAUCAAAACCGAUUCAUAAGAAACACAAAUCAAAUCAAACGACUGGUACUAGUGCUGGUACUUCUACUGGUGUUUCUAAAAUCUUUGAAGAAUCUGAAUCUGAAUCAGAAGAUAACAUUCCAUUAGCUAAAUCUUUAUUUCAAAUAUGA